AUGCUGGUGAGCGAAAGUGCCGUUUUGCCGGAGAACCUCAACAUCGAGCACGACAGUGAAGUGAGUGCGGCACUGGAGACGAUCCUGGACUGCGAUGUGUUCUCCGACAUGCUAUCGGCGCAGCCGCUGGGUAUCGAUCUCAAUGCAACGGACAAGUUCGACAUGGAAAAGUUCAGUGCCGCCUUCCGCACGCAUGGCAAAUACCAGGCGGCGUGCAACUUCUUUUGGAUCAACCACCGAUGGUCCCCGGCCAAGUCUGUUCCGACGAACAGGAACAGCGUGAAGAUGCUCAUGAAACGGCUGCAGCAGGAGCGUGCGUUCAAUCAUGUCAUGGUGGUGUCGCUCGCGUCGCCCGACGAGCUCGACCUUGGCAACUUGCGGCGUGUGUCGGCACAAGAAUACGAUGAAGCCCUUCUUUUCGUGGUCCGGGACCUCAUCGCGGCCGGGGCAGCGGAGGCAGAGCUGAUGUGCUUCGACCGCUAUUCAACUAAAUCCAUAGCGACCUGUGUCAAUGUUGAAGUUCCGUGUCUGUUCCAGUCAUUGCACGCUGGCAUUGCAGCAAGCACGUGCGAGAGGGACGAUGGUUGUUCCCGGGGGCAAUUGUUCGUUAGCAUCCAAUCUGUGGGCGAAGAAGACAGGGUGAUGCUCAGCGUCACCUUCGCUUUUGAAAAACAUGGGACGCCCAUGGAUGCGUUCGUGCGCUCCGCGCCCGGCCUAUUUUAUUUUCCAGUGAACUUGAGAAACAACGUGGCUGACGAUUUCGAAGCUGUCUUGAGAUCCGGCGCCCAGAGAGUCAUGGAACUGCAGCUAUUCCGCAAGCGGUUGGAGAGCACUCUGGGCAAGACAGGCUUGACGAAUGUGGAGGUAUACCAAGCCUGGAUCGACAGCAUACCCAACAAGGAGAGCAAGAUGCUCGAGAAGGUCGAUUUGGAGUUUGUGCAGGACUGCCAGAAAAUCUAUGCCAGGCUCAUGGGUGACGAGGCGUUGCGGACGGCCAUCUUUGACCUCGACGAGGAGUACGGCAAAGCCUCGCCGUUCUGCUUCGUGGGGGCCCUGGUGAAAGUGGUCCAGAAGGCGCAGCCGGUGGCGUGGACAGUGUGGACUGUGCGCGACCAGCUCCAGAUGGGCCUUGCCUUUUGCCGAGACUUCAAUGCUUCCACCCUCGAUCCGGUGCGCGGAAAAGGCUUGAUAACGCUCUUUAACUUUAAGCAUGACCUCCACAAGCAUCUCCUGUCCACCUUCCUCGAAUCCCUCACCGGCUUGAGCUUCGACGAGAAGGAUGCCAUCCGGACCAGGUGCGCGGCACACGUGAUCUGGCGCAAGAGCAACCAAGCAAAUGCAUUGCAAUGGCAAAGCACCCUAUCCGACACCGGUCGCAAGAUCAUCUCCUUUCUCAAGACCGACAUCUUCGGCAACACCCACGACCACCACUACAAGGCUUCCCUCCGCGCCACCGUGGUGCUCAAGGAUUUGCUUGUGCAGUGCAACCACCUGUCCUCCUCUUUGGACGAGAUCGUGGAGUGUAAUCAGAAGGAGAAAGUGCUGAAGAUGGACGAGGGGGACGAGCUGAGGCAGUGGCAGGAGCUAGUGGAGACCCAGGUGGAUCAGUUCGUGAAGCUGAUCGUGGACAGUGGGGACUCCUACACAGAGCUUGGCAUCGCUCUGCAAUCGUCCGUUUUGUCGGAGCUGAAAGCCGCGGACCCGGAUGCCGAGCAUCGGGCGAACAUCGUCUUGUUCAUGGAUUCCAAAGUCAUGGGAGAGGCUUCGUCCUUGGCCCAUUGCCGACUGCCCCCAUGGCAAAAGGCAUGGGCGCAACGCUUGGUGCAAGCUUUCGCAUGGGUCAGGUGGCCGGCGACGGGCAGCGGAGAGGAGGGCGAGCUGCGGCAGGAUGAGGCUGUGCUGGUGACGACCGGUGGCAGGGAAAUCAUUUCCGCGAUUUCAAGCGUCUUCGUGAACUACAAGACCGGGUCGCCCAUGACGAAGGUUCGGCAGGACUACUAUCUGGUGUACAACGAGCAGAGCAUUGCUGAUAAACGUGAGCGAGUCCGAGGCAGCCUCAACCAGCUGGAGCACAUGCCCUGCUACACGCAGCAGGGGCUAAAUGUGCCGAAGCGCCAGAAGAAGCGCUUGACAGGCUCGAACAUGGGCAAUGUCUUCUUGCCGUUGCAAUCACUUGGAGUGGAGAAUGCGCAGACGUGGCUUCUGUCUCCAGCGGACCGGAAGAAGGUCUACUCCAAGUCUGCCAAGAUCUUGGUGGGCGGCACCGUGGAGAACGCUCCCGCAAGACCCAAGUGCGAAACGGGCGAGCCUGUUUCGUGGCACCUGACGGAGGAGACGCUCUACGAGGAGAUCUUGUACUCCUUCAAUGCGCGGUGCAUUGUGCAGGGCGUGGCCAUGGACCACCUGAUGGCGAUGAGGUGCAUCGCGGACCGUGUGCCAUUCGUUGGACUGUGCAUGACCAGCGACCACUUGCUGCUGUUGAAGGAGAAAAUCAAGCAAGACCUUUGGAAGCGGAUGCAGGACCCGGACAACGAGAAGUUCUAUCAGGUGGGCCUUGCGCAGCUUCUCAAGAAGCUCAAAGCUCAGGCCGAUGGUGGAGCCGUUGACGGGGCGGCCCCGACAGGGAAGGCGAAGGCAAAGCCAAAAGGCAAGGCGGAUGCUCUUGGCGCGGCAGCAGCAGCUGCAGCUGCAGCUGCUGCACUCAACUUGUCGGGCAGUGGCAGCGGCGACUCGAAGCGUACAACGAAGGAUGAGGCCACAGAGCCAGAGAGCAAGAAGCCCAAGACGACUGGCCAGUCCGUGCAGGAGAAGGCGCGCGAGGAGCUUUUGAAGAAGCUGCAAGGCUGA